UACACUCACUUUCAUCCUCCUCAGCUACAAAUUUUAACUAACAAUGACUACUCCACCUGUAGCUUUGGUCUCCAAAUGCACCAUUUUCCCGUCGGAAAAAUCGUCACUUCCCGAUCUGAAACUCUCCGUUUCCGAUCUUCCUAUGCUCUCUGUUCACUACAUUCAGAAAGGUUGUUUAUUCACUCGUCCACCUUUUCCGAUACCUCAACUCGUUUCCCUUCUUAAAAUCAAUCUAUCUCAUACUCUCACUCGCUUCCCUCCACUCGCGGGACGGUUUGUCACAGAUUCAGAUGGCUACGUAUACAUUACCUGCAACGACGAUGGUGUUGAUUUUGUUCAUGCUACAGCUACACACAUUUGUAUUCGCGAUGUGAUAGGUUCUAUUGAUGUUCCUCAUUGUGUUAACGAGUUUUUCCCUUUCGACCGAACGGUUAGCUAUCGAGGACAUUUUAUCCCUCUUCUAGCUGUUCAAGUGACGGAAUUAGCUGACGGCGUAUUUAUUGGAUGCGCCGUCAAUCAUUCCGUCACUGACGGGACAUCGUUUUGGAAUUUCUUCAAUACAUUUGCGGAGGUGAGUAGAGGUGUGAAAAGGAUUGUAAGGCAACCUGAUUUUACACGUGAUUCUGUUUUGAUUUCAAAUUCUGUACUGAAACUACCGGCUGAUGGACCGAAAGUUACUUUCGCCGGUGAUGCUCCGUUGAGGGAGAGGAUUUUUAGUUUUAGCAGGGAAUCGAUUCAAAGACUCAAAGCGAAGACGAACAAUCAGAAAUUGAAUUUCGACGGAGGAAUCAACAUUGUUGAAUUGAUUGCAAAACAGAGCAACGAUCACCUGAAAAUCAAAACAGAAACGGCUGAGAUUUCAUCAUUUCAAUCGCUAUGCGCAUUGCUCUGGCGUGCGGUAACACGUGCAAGGAAAUUCCCACCUUCGAAAAUGACUACAUUUAGAAUGGCGGUAAAUUGCCGUCACCGUCUCCAACCGAAGCUAAAUUCGUUGUACUUCGGCAAUGCAAUUCAGAGCAUUCCGAUUUACGCAUCAGCAGGGGAAGUUCUGGCUAAUGAUCUGUACUGGUGUGCGGAGCAAUUGACCAAAAACGUGAACGCGCACGAUGAUAUUAUGGUGAGGAAGUUCGUAGAGGAUUGGGAAAAGGAUCCACGGUGUUUUCCGUUGGGAAAUUUCGAUGGAGCUAUGUUAACCAUGGGAAGCUCGCCGAGAUUUCCAAUGUACGAUAAUGAUUUCGGGUGGGGAAGGCCGGUUGCUGUUCGGAGUGGACGGGCGAAUAAAUUUGACGGAAAAAUAUCAGCUUUUCCGGGGAGAGGAGGAGGAGGAAGUGUGGAUUUGGAGGUGAUUUUGUCGCCGGAAACAAUGGAUGCCCUGGAGUCUGACCCGGAGUUCAUGCAGUAUGUUACUGUGUACUGAAUGUUACUGUAUUACGGCCUCCAUAGUUAAAUAUGGACAAGUAAAAAUAAACAGAACGAGUAAAAUAGUACUUUUUCUAUUUGAUUUUGUAUGAUACAUUUAUUUUUUGAUCGUCAAACAGUUUAAGUUUGACAGAUAAUUUUUACGCAUAAAAUGUUUAAUAUUUUUGAAA